CCUUAUCCUCCUUCUCCUCCUCCUUCUCCUUCUCUUCCUUCUCCUCCUUCUCCUCCUCCUCCUCCUCCUUCUGCACCCGCCUACCGCCAGGUCCAGGUGGACGCUGGGGGUUGA